CCGGCGCCCGCCUCCUCCCUCCCCUCGGCGGGGCGGCUUCUCCUCCCGCCGCCUGCCUUCCCUUAGCGGGGCGGCAGCUCGAACGGUGUGUGGGUCUUGUGGGAUCGCUCCGUACCGGGCUGCGCGGCCGAUCUGCGCUCUCCUAAGCCGCUUCUUCCCCCCGUUUGCAUGUGCAUUGGAGUAGUGGGUGUUGCAGUCCUGGCAGGAGUUAAGCCAGCCUCCUGCAAACAUGGCAGACGAGGACCUUAUUUUUCGUCUGGAAGGGAUUGACAAUGCCAGAACAACUCCAGUGGACUCUGGGAAUUAUCUUGAUGCUGAUAGUGAUGAUGAAGACAAUUAUUUUAUCUGUCCAAUAACUGAUGAUCCAGUUUCUAACAAGUCUGCCAGUACUAAAGUAGACAAUUAUUACAGCAGCUUAGCAAAAACUGAGCAGUACAGUUCAAGCUCUUCUCCCAGAAGCUUUAGCUUUAAGAAUGACACACAGCAUCGUUCUAAGCAUGGCUCUGUGGUUGACCAUGGUCGGGAAACCUGGAAGCAUGCUAUUGAGAAAGCCAAGCACAUGCCUGAUCCCUGGGCAGAGUUUCAUCUGGAGGACAUUGAGACGGAGCAUGCCACUCGUUACAGGUACAAUGCUGUUACUGGGGACUGGGUUGAAGAUGAAGUUCUUAUCAAGAUGGCUUCUCAACCUUUCGGCCGUGGAGCAAUGCGAGAGUGUUUCAGAACAAAAAAGCUGUCCAACUUCUUGCACACUCAGAACUGGAAGGGUGCCUAUAAUUAUGUUGCCAAGCAAUACAUAGAGAGUGUGAGCAGGGAUGUUUAUUUUGAGGAUGUUCGACUGCAGAUGGAAGCAAAACUCUGGGGAGAAGAGUACAACAGACACAAGCCACCAAAACAGGUGGAUAUAGUGCAGACCUGUAUUAUUGAAAUGAAGAACAGGCCUGGGAAGCCUCUCUUUCAUCUGGAACAUUACAUUGAGGGCAAAUACAUCAAAUACAACUCAAAUUCUGGAUUUGUGCGAGACGACAACAUUCGUCUAACUCCACAAGCCUUCAGUCACUUCACCUUUGAGCGCUCAGGACACCAGCUCAUUGUUGUUGAUAUCCAGGGAGUUGGAGAUCUUUACACAGACCCUCAGAUCCAUACAGAGAGUGGUACAGAUUUUGGAGAUGGCAACCUAGGUGUUCGAGGUAUGGCCUUGUUCUUUCAUUCUCAUUUCUGCAACAACAUCUGCAAAAGCAUGGGACUUGCACCAUUUGAUCUUUCAUCCAAAGAGAAAGAUGCCUUGGAUUAUAAUAAAAAAUUGCUUGAAUCUGCUCAAACCAUUCUCCGCGGCACGGAGGAGAAGUGCGGCAGCAGCCGGGUGAGGACGGUGUCGGGGAGCCGGCCCCCGCUGCUCUUCCGCCUCUCUGAGAACUCCGGGGAUGAGAGCAUGAGUGACGUGGCAUUUGACUCCCUGCCCUGCUCGCCCUCCUCUGCAACCCCUCACAGCCACAAGGUGGACAUGCUUAAUUGGCCUGUGUUCAGUGAAGUAGAUAACUUGGAUCACCUUGACAACAAAAGGGAUUUUGAAAAUGGUGGAGACAGUGGGUAUCCCAGUGAAAAGAGAAGUGAGACAGAAGAUCUGGAUCACAGAGAGAGGGGUCAUUCAAACAACAACCGGAGGCAGGAGUCUGAUGAAGACAGUUUGGGAAGCUCUGCAAGGAUCAGUGUGGAGAAGUGGAAUCUUUACAACUCUUCCAGAGUCCACAUCCACAGACCAUCCUGUGUUGCCCAAGAAGUUCAGAGGCUCAAUGCACUAGAACUUGAAAAGAAAAUUGGGAAGUCAAUCCUUGGAAAGGUUCACCUGGCCAUGGUUCGCUACCAUGAAGGCGGGCGCUUCUGUGAGAAGGACAAGGAGUGGGAUCAGGAGUCAGCCCUGUUCCACCUGGAGCAUGCUGCAGACUGCGGGGAGCUGGAAGCCAUCGUUGGGUUGGGCCUCAUGUGCUCUCAGCUGCCACAUCACAUUCUUUCCGAGGUCACUCUCGAGGAUACAAAGGAGAACAGAAAUAAGGGAUUUAAUUACUUGCUGAGAGCAGCAGAAGCUGGAGACCGGCCUUCCAUGAUUCUGGUAGCAAGAGCAUAUGAUACAGGUGUAAAUCUUGGUGCAGACAGGGCCCAGGAUUGGAAGGAGGCACUUCGCUGGUACAACGCCGCGCUGAACAUGACUGACUUUGAUGAGGGAGGUGAAUAUGAUGGCACUCAGGACGAGCCCCGGUACCUGCUCCUGGCCAGGGAAGCAGAGAUGCUAAUGAUGGGAGGGUUCAACCUGGAUAAGGAUCCACAGAGAUCAGGUGAGCUUUACACAGAAGCAGCAGAAGCAGCCAUGGAAGCCAUGAAGGGCAGACUGGCAAAUCAGUAUUACCAAAAAGCAGAAGAGGCUUGGGCAAUGAUGGAAGAAUGACACUGAAAUUAAGCAGUUCUUGUAUAUAAAUUUGUUAUAGACUUGCUGCAUUUGCAGCUACAAAGAUGUAGUUUUAUGUGAUGUUACCAGGUUGGUUUUUUUUCAUAUUUUAGUUUUGUAAUUUUUUUUGAGGAUAGAAAUCUAAAUAUAAGUAGUAUGUAGGGUGC